AUGCUUCAAUACAUCCCCCCCCCCAAUACCUUACACUGGGGCCCCUCACAAGGUCGCAGCCACAAGCCAUUGCAUGGGCUCGUCAGGACGCGUGUCAUUUACGACCAGUCCACCUUGCCACGGCCGCAUGAGGUUCAGACCGUCCUUGCGACACCCCCACGGCAGCUGAGAAGUCCAGCUGCCGUCUAUGCCACGCCUUUGCUGCCUGGCCAGGCAACGCCACCACAGCCGCAGCGCGGACGGCUUCGAGAGACCGCUCCGGUCUAUGCGCGACAGGAGAUCUCGGCGGCCUCCUCGGCGACACCUCCGCAGCCGCACCCCUAUGUGCGAACGGCCGUCUCUGCCAGGGAGCCCAGCAAUGCCUUGGCUCCUCUCGCUUCCCUCUCUGAAGCAGGUGAGGUCUUUCGCUCCGAUGCAUUUCCACUGGGCCUUGCGGCAGGCUAUGUCGACACUGGUGGAACCGCUGACUUCGCCGCGGGCAGUCUCUGCCUCACCAGCGAAGGGCGUGAGGCUGUGUCAAGCGGGGACACGCCUUACAAGUUUACCGUGAGGCCUUCUGAGCUCCAAGCUUAUCUGAAGUAUCAUGGGACUAAGUAUUACGGUCAUAUGCGGGUUUAUCCUGGGUAUGGCGGAUGCAGUGGAGUGCACAAAGAAGCGGCCUCUUUUGGCACUGCGCGCCUCGGUGCCAUCCAUGCGCCGCGGCUGUGGAAGAUCUGCGCCGGCGAGGGAUUCUCGACGCCUGGCGAGAUUGCUGCAGGCCAGAGGGCUUCGUACCAGUGGUCAGUCGUGCAGAGGCGUUCUCGGAUCUCCGAGCCAAGCCAUGGUGCAAAUGCCGCGAUCGAAUCAGGGAUCUGGAUCCGGCAGCUGCAGAAGCGGCAGAGCCUGCCUCUGAGUCGCCACGCUUUUGCGGCCCUGGCAGCCUACAGCCAGAAGCAACAGCGGAAAGAGCAGCAGCGGCGCCUGGCGGUGAAGUGCCGCCGGCGUAUCCUUCUCCGUCAGGCCUGGUCCUGCUUUCUGUCAGGAGCGGCCAGGGCCGAGCAGAGGCAUCGUCAAUGUAUAGCCCUGGAGAAAAGUCAUGCAGAUGCCCUGUCACGCAGAUGCCUGGCAGCCUGGCUUGCCUUCGCCCGCCCCGGUUGCUACAAUCAGGCCUGCCAGCAUCGCCCGCGCUGGUUGCAACGCCAGGUGCUGAGGCAUCUGCGAAGCUAUGCCGAUCUGCGCCGCUCCAAGCGCAGCAGGGCCGCCAUGGCAGCAGAGCAGCUGCGGAAACAGGCCGCCCGGCGCGCGCUGCGCCGGGUGCUGGGCCGCUUCCGAGAGAACCAUCAGCGCAGGGCUGAGCAGAUGCAUUUGGCGAGCCGAUGCCGUCCGCUCGCCGCAGCCUUGGCCGCCAACGCCCGUCGUCGAGCCCUCCGAAGGUGGCAAGAGAAGCUGAAGGAACGCUCUGCGCGAAGGCAUGGUUUGGCGGCGGCUACCCAGCUUCGCGAGCGCAGACUGCUGCAGUGUACCUGCUCCGCCCUCCUGUGCUUCUUCCAGACAGCACGGCAGCAGCGCGUUGCGGUGGCCUGCUUUGUAGCCGCCAGGGCCGAGGAGGCCGCGAGAUAUUGGCUGCACCAGUGGCAUUCGGCGGUCGGCAAGUGGCGCCAGGAGCAAGUGAAAGAGACGGAGGCCAUCAUGCAUUGGUACCUCAUCCUGGCAGCAUCUGCGCUGUGCCACUGGCAGCGCUGGCUGCAGAAGCGGCAGCGGAAGAAGCAGCGCCAGGCCGUGGGAAGGAAAGGCAUGCUUGAUGCUGGUACAACCACGCUGAUGCUGUCUGGCCUUCCAAGCAAGCUCAAUCGAAGCAUGCUCCUGCAGUUGUUGAAUGCCGAAGGUGCUGGGAGGUACGAUCUUGUGCAUGUGCCGUACGACACAAUUGCUAAUCGGCCUAUGUCCGUGGCGAUUGUCAAUUUCACCGACUACACGAGUGCCAACAAAGUGCAUGACUUCUUCAAGAUCUUGCAGAAGGAAGCCGGCUGGAGUUUGCAUGUGGUUCCUGCAGCAGUGCAGGGCUUGGCAGCAAAUCUGGCCUUCAUCGUGGCAAGCUCCAGCAUUGGCUUUGCAGCCAUGUCGGAGCCCUCCGGGCCCUUGAUCUUCACGGAUGGUGUGCAGGUGGCCGACUCAAUCGCGUUCGCAGCCUGCUGCAUUCCUCCCACCUUGCUGGUGGAAGCUAGGAGACUGAUCGAUGUCGAUGCGCGCAUUGCUUCUGAGUUCGGCCUGGCGGAGUGUGCAAGCGGAAGCGCAAGUACGGCAAGUACGGCAAGUAUCGAGGAACCUAUGGCCGGUCGCUCAUUUCCGCACGGUCUCGAGAAUUCAGAGUCCGAGGCAUGGCUCUGGGACGUGGUGGAUCCAGGUGCAAAAGUCUUGGCGGCAGUCCUCUCGGGUGGCAACCUUGGGGUUUCGACCAUAUCCCGCAGAGGCCAGGAAGUGUGCAAACAGAACAUGCUUGCUGAGGCAGCUUCCUUUUGCCAGUUUCGCCACCGCCUGAUCUUCAAUUUGUAA